AUGAAAGAAGAUGCUGCUUUAAUUAUCAUUUCUGGAGUGAGUGGAGUGGGAAAAAGCGAAGUAAUGAAAAGACUAUUAACCUAUCCUGAAUUAAACAGUCAAAGGCUAAUUACCACUACUACUCGCUUACCAAGGGUCGGAGAAAUAAAUGGUCAAGACUAUUAUUUUGUUAGUCGAAAAGAAUUUAUUGAAGGAAUUAUUAAUAAUCAAUUUUUAGAAUACGUCGAAUACAACGAUAAUUACUAUGGAACUUCGCUAAAUAGCUUGAAAAAAAGUUUGUUAAGAAAAAAUGUCCUUUUGAUUGUUGAUGUCCGUGGAUUUCAAAAGAUAAAAGAAAAGAGAGAAGUAGAAAUUAAAAAACGAUUGGCUAUUGCCGAAAGAGAAACGCCAUUCGCUAAGGAGUAUGAUUAUAUUAUUACUGUUAACGAUAAUUUAGAAGAAGUAGCCGCAGAAAUUAAAAAGAAAGUUCUUGACUUAAUCUAA